AUGUUUGUCGUCCGGCCAGGAGUUGAUCUGCUCGUUCAGAGACCAUGGAUUGCUGUGUUCUUGGCUGCUGCACUGUUGACUGCAGUCUGCAUCUCACGGCGCCGCAAGCCGGACGAUCUUGAGCACAUCCCGUGUUCGGGCCAAGGCACGCCCCAGAAAAAGGCUGCAAGAGUACAGACUCCAUGCAAAAAGACUGCGGCUAACAGGAUAGGUUACUAUGUUUGCGUUCCAUACCAUUUGCUCAAAUCAUAUGCAUCGGCCAGCGAGGAAGUUCUCAGUCCCCAUGCGCCAUUCGAAGAGGUUUGCUUUUGCUACCAGAUUUCCAACGCUUUUGUGGAAGCUUCCAUCACGCAGAUCAAUGUGACCUCUCAAGCCCUCAUACACUCUGUCAAACGGGACUUGACACCCUCGAUUGGCAAAGCCACCCCCGAGCUGAGCCGCGUGGCCAGGGACGCCGUCCUCUCCGAGAUCCCACAGUCCUCGGACUGGACCGAGGUCGACGUCCACCACCAGCUGGUCCGCAUAGUGACCAUAGUCUCGGGCUGGAUGUUUGUCGGGCCCGACUUCUGCAGGACGGACGAGUACAUGGACCUGGCCGCACACUACGCCGCCGACGCGUUUGGCGGCCCUUUGGUCCUGCAAAUGUUCCCCAAGGCGCUGCGUUCCAUCGUGGCGCCGCUGGUGCCACCGGUCCGCCGGGUCUGGAAGGCCCACCGCCGCAUCGCCGCCCUCUUGGGCCCGGCGAUCGCUCAAAGGCAGAGGAAUACUGGUCCGGGCAGCCAGCCGGCCCCCGAUGACAUGCUUCAGUGGCUCAUCGACAACCGCCACCAGUUUCCGGAUGAGAUCAAGGGCGAUGGAGAUAUUGCUCGUCUGCAGCUGGCGCUGAGUGCUGUGGCCAUCCAUACGACAGCCCUGACGGCGACAGCAACUCUCUACGACCUCGCCGCCGAGCCGGAAAUCAUGCAAGAUGUGCGAGAGGAGAUACAUCGUGUGCUGCAGGAGCACGACGGCAAAAUCACAUCCAAGAUGCUGUUUGACCUCAAGCUUCUAGACGCCGUCUGCAAGGAGUCUCAACGGCUCAACCCAGCUGACCUGCUCUCGGCCCGCCGCAGGGUGAUGCAGCCAUUCACCUUUUCCGACGGCACCGCGGUCCCCGUGGGCACCAUGCUAGCCGUCCCCGUCUACCACAUCGGACGGGACCCGGCGCUGUUCCCGCAGGACCCCGAAAAGUUCGACCCGUACCGCUUCACCCGGCUGCGCUCCAAGGACGCCGAGGGAGGGGGCAACCACCUCCAGUUCGCGUCGGUGACGCACGGGACCAUGGCGUUUGGGUGGGGCAAGCACGCCUGUCCCGGUCGCUUCUUUGCCGCCGCCGAGAUCAAGCUCAUCCUGCUGCACAUGCUGCUCAACUUUGAGGUCUCCGUCGUCCCCGGGCCGGACGGGGUCAAAAGGUAUCCGAAUGUGGAAAUGGGAAACAUGAACAUGCCGGAUUUCAAGCGUAGGGUGCUGUUUAAAAGCAUUCGCGGGUGA